AUGUGUCGGUGGCUGUACCCGUCCUACUUCCGGUGGCCGGAACUCGGCCUCUCCCUGCCGCUAUCCAGCUUCCGAUGGCCGGACUUCGACUUCUCGUCGUACCUGAGAACGGGAGCGUGGUGGAGCCACCAGCCGAUCAGCCCCCUCCGGUGGCUGGAAUUCUCGAUCGACGAGAUCCUCUGGAGCUUGGCGACGGCGGUUGAGUCGGUGGCUCUCGUGGCCAUGCUCUGCUACUUCUUCCUCUUCUGUGGAUGCACUCUGUGA